AAGGGGGAAAUUUAAUUGAUGCUGAUCUUCAUUUCUAAUUUAACAUUUUUUUUUAUUUAUUUUUGAGCUACAAAAAUGUAAAUUGAAAUUAAAUGUAGAGAAUAAGAAUUAGAAUUUUAUUUAAUGUACAUGCAUACUUCAAGGCCAGCAUGCAUUGCGACAGUCAACAAACAGCUUUCUCAAAGGACAGCGGCGAGGCAUGAAAACAGAAGGCUAACGAGCUGCUUGCUAAACUUCGAUCUGAGCAGAGCGCGCUGCUACAUCCUUCAUCAGCUCAAGAAAGUGCCACACGGGCCAGCUAUCAGAUUUCCUGUAUUUUACAUCAAGAACAGCUAUGUGCCCAAUCCAUCGGGCUUGUGGAUGUGAUGCGUGACGUCGUCAAAAUUGUGAAUGAUAUACGCUCCAAGGCGCUCUCUCUCACCUGCAGUUCAAGGAAAUGUAGCCCAUUUUCCCUGUUUUAGAGAGGCAGGCAUGAUGAAAGAGAAGGUACCUGAGUAUGAUGCUGUUCUCAGCAACCUUUUCCAGGAGUUUGACAGUCGCUUUGAGGACUUCAGACACAAUGCUUCUGACUUUGAGUGGUUUGUUCAACCCUUCACCAUCAGUGUGGACACAGUCAGUGAUGAUCUACAGAUGGAACCAAUUGAGCUUCAGUGUGAUUCAGAACUCAAACACAAGUUCAGGUCCCUUCCCUUGACAGAUUUCUACAAACGUGUCCCCACAAACAGAUUAUACAACCCCGAGAAACCGUGCUACAACCCUGUUGAGAUUUACUCAUCUCUGCAUUUAGCAGACUGCUAGAAUUACCCAAAAGCCUGAACAUCCGCGGGAGUGCAGCGCUUCAGAAGUCCCCCUCCCCCUCACACACACACACACACACACACACACACACACACACACACACACACAGCGUGAGAGGAAAAGCGAAAAAGAGGAGCUUGCUCUUUGUAUGAAAAGUGGGUGGCUCUUAAAAGAGCCGUUGGGU